AUGUCUGCUGUUAUCGGUAUUGCCUUUGGUAACACUUCUUCCUCCCUUGCAGUUGCCAACCAAGAUGGUAAGGUUGAUGUCAUUGCCAACCCAGAUGGUGACCGUUCUAUUCCAUCAGUAUUAUCCUACGUUGGAGAGGAUGAAUACCAUGGAGCUCAAGCUAAGGCCCAAUUAGUCAGAAACCCUAGCAACACCAUCACUAAUUUCAGAGAUUAUGUUGGUAAAUCUUUCGACGAAUUAACCCACCAUGAAACUGUAGGUGCCAAGGUUAUCAAGACAGCCAAUGGCCAACCAGGAUUCGAAAUCGCAAGAGAAGAAGGUAAGAAGGAAACUGUUACCGUUGCAGAAGCUACCAAGAGACAUCUUAAGCAAAUCAAGCUUGCUGCGGAAGAUUACAUUGGUAAGACUAUUGAAGGUGUUGUCAUUACUGUUCCAACUGACUUCACUGCUCAACAAAGAAUCGAAUUAACCAACAUCUCCAACGAUGCAGGCUUGAAAGUUUUACAAUUAAUUAACGAACCAUCUGCUGCAUUAUUAGCUCACUUAUCAAACGAACCAGAGCGUUUACAAGAAGAUAAAAUUUACGUUGUUUCAGAUUUUGGUGGUGUUAGAUCCGAUGCCGCUGUCAUUUCAGUAAGAGGUGGUAUUUUGACCAUCUUAGCCACUGCACAUGAGUUCGGUUUAGGUGGUGACAAAUUAGACCAAGCUCUUGCUGAUUACUUUGCCAAGGAAUUCCAAAAGAAGUACAGCACUAAUGCUAAGUCUAAUGCUAGAUCUAUUUCCAAAUUAAUCGCUGAAUCGAUCGUUGUCAAGAAGACUUUAUCUAAUGUUCAAACCUCCACCUGUUCUAUCGAGUCUUUAGCUGAUGGUUUCGAUUUCCACACUACCAUAAAUAGACUUAGAUAUGAAUUGACUGCUAGAAAUGUUUUAUCAGAGAUGACUGCCUUUGUUGAAAAAGUUGUGAAGAAGGCUGGCUUAGAAACUUUAGACAUCGAUGAAGUCUUAUUGGUUGGUGGUUCUUCAAACACCCCAAAAUUAGCUUCUAACGUAUCAUUGAUUUUCCCAGAAUCAACUGUUGUUGUUGCACCAUCUUUAUCCACAAAGGCUUUAGACCCAGCUGAAUUAAUUUGUAGAGGUGCUGCAUUACAAGCUUCAUUAAUUGAAUCAUUUGACGAAGAUGAAGUUAAGGAAUCAUUACAACCAGUUGUUGUCAACACUCAACACUUGACUAAUCCAAUCGGUAUUAAGGAUGCCGAAGGCAACUUCCAAUCCAUUUUGGUUGCUGAAACUGCUUACCCAAUUAAGAAAUCACUCGAAGUUACCAAUGGUUCUGAAUCCUCCGUUAUAAUUGAAUUGUACGAGGGUAAGAGAACUGUCAAGGAAACUGUCAUCGAAGCUGAACAAGAUGAAGACGAUUCUGACGAUGACUACUCUGAUGAAGAACCAGAAGUCAAAAAGGAAGUUGUUUACGAAUGUGGUGAAUUACUUUCUGAAUUAUGUCUCAAGGACUUAAAGCCUAACUCUAAGUUAGAAGUCAUUGUCAACAUUACCCAAAAUGGUACUUUACACGUUUCUGGUAGAGAAUUAAAGCAAGGUGCUGUUGCAGUUAAGGGAGAAGUCACUUUUUAA